GUGCCGCCGCCUUCCCGCCUGUUGCCCCGGGCCUGGCGGCGGCCGCGGCGGUCGGCGGCGCCGCGGCGGCCGCGCCCGCGGGCGGCGGUGCCGGCGCGCCCGCGGUGCCUGGCCUAGCGGCGCUGCCCGGCCUGCCAGGCUUCGGAGGCGGCGGGGCUGCUGGGGCGCCCCCGGCGGGCGGCGCCGUGCCUGACGGCGGAGGUGCCCCCCCCAGCGGCGCGGGCGCCGCGCUGGUGGGCGCGCUCGCGGGCGGCGGCGGCGGCCCUCCUGGAGGCCCUCCUCCUGGCGCGGUGCCGGGGGCCCCGGCGAUCCCUGGUGUGCCGAUCGCGGUGGCUGGCGGUCCCAUCGCCCCAGCGGGCGGCGCGCAGCUGGGACCACUCGUGGACGGUCCGUGGCGUCAGGCCGUGACUCUGAUUGGCGCCGACUGGCGCCGAGGGGUGAAUCUCGAGCUCCCGACCUUCGACGCAGCUGGAGGCAUCAGCGGGACGGCCCUCUUCGAGGUAGAGGAGAUCGGCACCACGGGCCCCUCAGGGCAGUACCUGAGCGCCCAGUUCAGGGGGGCGUCGCUGGCGGCCGAGGCGAUGCGGCUGGACGGCCUGUUCCCACCGCGCGGCACCGGGCCUGCGGGCCUCCUGCACUUGCGCGGGCAGGGACCGGCGCUGUGCGGGGAGCCCGCUGUGCCAGGCCGAGGAGUCCUGCAUGUCGAGUGGCUGCGGCUGCGCUCGAACCGCGGGUUCGUGGAGCCGUGGGUGCGGCCGAGCGCCUUCGGUGGGCGCGGCGGCGGCGGCGCCUUGGCGGGGGGCGCCCCAGCCGGGGGCGCGGCCCCCGACCGCCUGGCGGCAGCUGCCGCGGCGCGCGCGCAGGCCGCUACGGCGACGCCUGGCCGCGCCGGUGGCGGUCGCGGCCGCCGCCGCCCCCGGAGCUCCUCGGCCUCGCGCAGCGACGACGACGGUGAGUCGCGUUUUCGCGAGGCCCCCUCCCGCGGCGGCAGCGCACGGCUGCUGGCGGAGAAGCGCCCAGGCGCCCUGUACGACGAGGCGACGAAGAACAUCGGGCGCGUCAUGGGCCUGCGGGAGGGGGCGGACGGCUCAGAGGUUCGAGCGAAGGUCGUGGGCUACCUGCAGGCCGUGGUGUUCGGCCAUCACCCUCCAGGGCAGAUGCGGAUCAACACUCAGCGGGAGCUGCAGACGCUGGCGACCGCGCUGGACCUGCUGGAGUGUGGGUGCCUGGCGGAGUUGAGCGACGUGUUGAUGCAGCGCUUCAAGGCUCUGGAGCUGUCGCUGUCCGACGCGAGCUGGCAGGUGGCGAGCGAGCUGGAGAUCGUGCCGGACGCGCGGCCCUCGCUGGCCUCGAUGGGCGAGCAGGACCUGGCGCGGCGGGCGGCACUGCUGCGCAGGAGGCUGAUGGACGCGAAGAGCCGCGGCGCCCUCGGCGGCAAGGGUCAGGGCGAGACGCCUCGAGGCGACAGCCCGCACCCGAGGGCGGCGGACGGGCCGAGGCGUGUCUCGCUGGCGACGAGCCCGGAGCGCCACGUCAUCAGGCAGGACCAGCCCGCGGCUGCGGCGGCAGCGGGCCUGCAGCAAGCGCCCUCGUCGUGCCAGCCGGCCUGUGGUACGGAUGCCGACUGUGACGGCGAUCCGCUGGCAGAGUGGCGCGAGUGGGCUGGCGCGGCGAGCGAUCUUCUACGAGAACCUUUCGACGUGGGCCCCGUGUUGUUGAACAUAGUCCGCCAGUUCCCAGGCUCCUUCGGUCGCUUCACUAGAUAUUCCCUCGAGGUAAAGCCACGCGAGCAUCCGGCCGACAUGGGAGGUCGGCUUCAGCGAGAUCUGUUGCCGUUACCAUACCCUUCGAUCACCAGGUCCCAGAUCGCCGAGCAGGGCGAGGACCCUUUGAGCGACAAGGAGUGGGAAGGACUACACUGCAGGCUGGUGGUCACUGUCCUGGCGCUAAACUGGGAGUCUGGGUUCCGCCCCCUGCAGCUGGCCAGGCCCUGCCGAGGUCGAGCCAACGCCGCGCAGCAGGCAGCCCUGGUCGCUCUCGGCCGCCGCCUCCUCUUGGCUACGCGGGCCGAGUCUGCUUCGCCGCCAGAUCUUGACUGGAACGCGCGGCUGAAGGACCGCAAGAUCGGCUACGGCGGGGACGAGAUCUCGGCCCCGCAUCGGCUGACGCUGGAGCAGGUGCUGGACGGGCUGCCUCCGCCGGGCGUCGCGGCCCCCAUCGAGGCGGCCGACCUCGCGACGGGGUUCGUGCGUGAGGCCCUCCUGGACCCGACGCUAGUGCUGCUGCCCGCUGCCCUGCGGCGGCCCGCGCCGACAUCUGCGCGCGCGUGGGCCUCGCUCGAGGAGUGGCAUCGGAUUGUGCGGGCGCUCCACGAGCGCGGGAUGGCGUCGGCGAUCCCGAGCAGCGAGAUUGCCUGUCGCGACGGAGCCCCGCUCCUGAACGGGGCGCUCGGGGUGCCCAAGCCCCACGACGAGCCCAUGGUCUGCAGCGACGGCGAGCGCAGGCCGGUCCUGAGGCCGAUCACCAACCUCAUCCCCUCGAACGCGUGCCAGGAGUGCAUCGUGGGAGACACCCCUGAGAUGCCGACCAUGAGCCAGCUGAACGGCCUGGUGCUGACCGAGUCGGAGGAUCUCCUGUGGAGCGGCGCGGACAGAAAGGCCUUCUUCUACGUCUUCCGCGCGCCGCCUGCGCGGUGGCCUUACAUGGUGAUAGGGCCGCCCGUCCCCUCGGAGUUGCUUGGCCUGAAGGACGGUGGGACCACGCACAUCUGCCUGCGGGUGAUCGGCAUGGGCUGGAUCAGUGCCGCGGGCGUGACGACCCACCUCCACCGGAACAUGCUGCGGCGGAGCGCCUCUGUCCCUCGCGGCCUGCCGCCCAGCCAGGAGAUUACUCGGCGCCGACGGCUGCCGUUCAGCGUGGAGAAGCCGUGCCCUCCGGCGUGGAUGGUCUACAUUGACAACCUGGAGGUCGCGGAGGUCGCGAGCAAGUCCGAGGCCACGACGCUGCGAGGGACGGUGCCCGAGCUCAUCUCCGAGGCUCGCGCCUGCUAUGCGGCUGCGGGCUCCCCGGGGUCGCCGGCCAAGGACAUCCAUCGAGUGCCGCGAGCGACGACCUUGGGGGAGCUCAUCGACGGGGUCGAGGGCGUUCGGCGGCCCCCUGCGGGUUACCUUACCGAGAUGGCCAGCCUCACGCUGUGGACGCUGAGCAAGAAGCGGGCCAGCAUGCGGCUGGUGCGCAUUCUGCUGGGCCGCUGGGUUCGUGUUCACUGCUUUCGGCGGCCACUGGCGGCCAGCUUUGCCUACACCUGGAAGUGGCUCGGGAACCCGCGCACUGGCGGCCGCUUCAGCGUGAGCGUGGUCGAGGACCUCUUGAUGCGCCUUGCGCUGUCAGGGCUUUGCGUCGCUGACCUGCGCCUCGAAGUCGACCCCCUGGUGACCGCGUCGGAUGCCUCGGAGGCCGCUGGCGCCGUGGUCUACGGCUACGCCCUCUCCGACCGCGGGCGCGCGCUGGCCGAGAGGCGGCAGCGGCCCGCGAACGCCGCCUGCGAGGAGGAGACCGCCCUCGUGACUGUCUUCGACGGCAUCGGCGGCGGGCGCCGGGCUUUCGAGAUCCUCGGACUGGUCCCUGCCGUGCACCUGUCAUUCGAGGUUGACCCCACGGCGGUGCGGGUGGCCCGGCGCAGCUACCCCAGCACGCAGCACCUGGGGGACGUGACGGAGGCGGACCCGGCGGCCCUGGCAGCCCUGCUGCGCGCCCGAGGCCAGGUGUCGCGUGUGCUGGUGGUGGGCGGCUUCCCGUGCCAGGUCUUCGCGGGCCUCAACGUUGCUCGGCAGGGUCUCGACGACCCGCGCGCGGGCCUGUCUGACCACAUGGUGCGGAUCGUGGACGGGCUGCGGACGGCCAUGCCGGAGGCGUCGAUCGACUUCCUCGGGGAGAACGUCGCGUCGAUGCCCGAGUGCAACGUGCUGCGCCUGAACCAGCUCUUCGGCCGCAUCCCGCUGGAGAUUGAGGCGGGGGAUGUCGGCUGGGUCAGACGUCCGCGGCUCUACUGGGCUUCGUGGGACCUCCUGCCGUCCUUCGAGGCUGAGCCCGUCGUGGUGCGGGCCAAGACCCAGGACGUUCGGCGCGCCUGCAAGGUGGCGCUGAAGGCGGAGCGGCCGCCGCUCGAGGAGUGGCUCCCGCCCGGGGCUGUGUGUCCGGGUCCCGCUGCAGGGGAGCCGCUCCCGACCUUCGUGCGCUGGACGCCGCGCUCGCAGCCGCGCCCCAGGCCUGCGGGCAUCGGGGAGUGCAGCGCUGCUGAGCUGGCGCGCUGGGAGGCGGCGGGCUUCGCUUCGCCGCCCUACCAGUUCCGUGACAAGUGGUGCAUCCACCAGGCGGAUGGCCGCGUGGAGCCGCCUCACGCGACCAUACGAGAGAAGCUGAUGGGCUUCCCGGAGGGCCACACCGCGCCGUGCAUGACGAGCAGCCAGGCGAAGGCCGAGCCCGCCAAGUACGUCGUGGCCUGGAUCAUCAGCCACUGGGCCGUCGGAGCUGGGCUGCUGGUCUCGGUGCCCUCGCUGGGUGAGCUGCGCGAGAGUGCGCGAGCCUGGGCUGGUGGCAGGAAGCUGUGGGCCGGCGACGUGACGUCGCUGCGGUGCGGUCGCUCCGAGAUCGACGAGGGCCUGCACGCCAAGCUGGACCAGGCUGGCGGGCCCAUCUACGUGGGUCGUGGGUCUCGCCGCUGGGGGCUGGCUGCCUCGCGGUGGGGCAACCCUUUCACGAUCAGCCCCGAGCGGUCACGCGAGGACGCUGUUGCCCUGCUCGCUGGUUGGAUCCGCACGCAGCCCACCUUCCUGCAGAGCUUGGAGACGCUGCGCGGGGCCCUACUGGUCUGUCACUGUGGGCCCGACCAGGCGUGCCAUGCCGACAUCCUCUUGGCGGAAUUGGCGAAGCGUGACGUGGUGGAGCGGCGCGAGGUGGACGCGUCCAGACGCAUCGCCAUGGGGCUCGUCAUGGCGUGCCACAACGACGGAGCAGACAUCAGGACCGAUGGCGCCUCGGAGGCGCUCGGCAAGAUCUUCCCGCGGCAGGAGAUCGACUCAGGCAUUUGGCGGUGGCGCAAGGCAAGGCAGCUAGUGUGGGAUGCAGCAGAGCACAUCAACGUUCUUGAGUGCCAGGGCGCACUGAUGAUGAUUCGAUGGCGGGCGCGGUCGGUGCGCCGCCAUCAGUGCGUCUUCCUGCACCUGCUCGACAGCACGGUCAACAUCGGUGCGCUGUCCAAGCACCGUUCCAGCAGUCCUCAGCUCAACAAGGUGGCGCGGACCUUCUCGGCGUGGGAGCUUGCGAUGGGCGCGCGGGCGGUCUUCGGCUUCACGAUAAAGGCCUCGACACUGGCCCGCUACCGUGGCGCCGCUCAGCGUUUUGUUGACUACCUUGCUGCCAAUAACCUGCCGCUGCCUUUCACCUGGGACGAUAUUGAUAUCUGCCUGCAAGAUUAUCUUGAGCACUUGUGGGCCGAGGGCGCCACAAAAGGAGAAGCCAAUGACACCCUCAGCAGCGUGCAGCACCUGCUGAGGAUACGACGCCGCUAUCCUGGCGCUUGGCAGCUGCUGACAGUCUGGGGCAGACUGGAGAUCCCUCAGCGCGCGCCGCCGAUGCCUGCCCAGGUGUGCACGGCGCUCGCCGGUUGGGCGCUCAGCCGCGGAGAGGUGGCCUUCGCGGCCGCGCUGCUCGUGGCCUUCCAUCUCUGUCUCCGCACUGGCGAGGCUUUGGGGCUGAGUGGCGGCGUCAUCUUUCUAAAGCCCUGUGGCCGAGGCGCGGUGUCGUUGCCCUGGACCAAGACCUCUUGCCAGAAGGGCGCGCGGGAGCAAGUCACGCUUGACGACCCGCUGGUUGGGGCAGUCGUCCAUAUGCAGCUCCAGCGUGACAGCCGGCUCUGGCCCGGCACGACGCGCGCCUUUCACGACUUGUUCCGUACUGGGCUCCAGCAGAUCGGUCGCAGGCACCUCGCCCUGUCUCCUUACAGCCUGAGGCGCGGAGGUGCCACGCAUGAGUUCCUGCUGUCGGGCGACUUGUCUAAGGUCAUGCUGCGCGGGCGCUGGAGCUCGGCAAGAACGGCAAAGAUAUACAUCCAAGACGGGGCUGCCAUCAUCGCAGAGAUGAAGCUCCAGGACAAGGCCAGGGUGCUUUUCGGCAUCCCCACGGGAAUGGCGACCGCGCAGAUUUACCUGCACUACGUCAAGAACCACAAGAUGAUCGAGGACAUGACCCACAACCUCGACCUGGCUCGCAGGCAGUACGUGGAGAAGUACGAGAAGGACAUCGUGUACGGCGACGGCAAGAAGUGGGUGGACGUGGAAGCUGACGAGUCAGUCUUUGCCACGGCGCUCACGGAGGACCAGCAGGCGAAGGAGUGGGAACAGUGGGCGGGGGUCGCGCAGCGGGGCAAGCCAGCCACGCUCGCGCUGUUCAAGACGGAGUCCGACCGCACCGCCAAGAACGCACCCGGCCCAGGAGCAAUCAAGAAGAGCAACUGGAAGCCGUUCCUCCUGGGCCGCCUCAAGGAUCGCAAAAUGAAGGCGCCAGGCUUGCUCCACGACGCAGCGAUCCACCGCAAGAAGCGCGCGAAGCGGGGGGGGGAGCGGGCGCGGAUCCAGCCCGUGUGCUCGAAGAUCGCCAAGCACAAGCUCCCGAGCGGCAACGCGCUGAAGGUCAAGUCGGGCACGCUGAUCAUCGAUAGGGCCUGGAAGCACGUCAUGAACCACAUUGGCCCUCGGGCGCACAAGCCGCACAGCAGAGCACUUGCCGCCCGCGUCCGCUCCGCCCAGUGGGAAUACUGGCAUCGCGGUCAGGAUCUCUGGGCUGCCAUGGGCGCAAUGGUUUGCGAUUUAACGAGGUGCGCCAGCGAGGGCGUAGUGACAUGA